AUGAUUUUAUUGAUGGGAAUAACAUUAUAAAUAUAAUAAGCGAGUGAGCGGCGUGGCGAAUCCACUCCGCGCGACCGAUCGAGGUUGCCGCCUCAGAUCCAGAUCGUCGCGUGAGACGCAUCCUCCCGUCCGCCAGGUCCACCUAGGGGGAGUUUUGUCGGUUAUGUUAGCUCCGGGUUACCCUGGGGUGGAACGCCGUGGUCUCUCACGUCAGGGUGUGCGCGGGAUCGUUUACACCGCGCAGAAGGGAGGCUGACGGCUCGUUUGGCAGUUUUAGUUUGUACAAUUCUUGUCAAGAGCCACCAUACAGCGACUAAGGUGGAGAAAAAUACAAGGGUGCAUUUUAAACGUAAUGCUCAAUUUAUUGCUUAACAAUAAAUUAAAUAAACAAAAAUAGAGGAAAAUAGAAAUUACAAAUAAUUAAAUUAUAUUGCGUAUUUCGAAGUUUAAUAAAGUAUCUUCAUUGUUUCGAUGUAAAAUUAGCUAACAAUAUUUUAGAAGCGUCUAGAGAAAAAUAACGACGUACGAGAUAAUGGAUUCUAAAUACUUUAUUCGCCAUUAAUUCACCAGUUUAAACAUCGAAGCGAAUAAUAAUACGAUAAUAAUAAUAAUUUCAUAUUCAUGAAUUCAAUGUCAUCGAAGUAUUUGAGAUGUAACAGCUCAUUUCGUAGUGAAAUUGAAACUACGUUCUUGUUACCGAUAUUAUCGUUGUUAAACUUUGAAUUGGAGUUUCAAAGUUAGUUCGAUUGAGUUGGAGUGUCUUGAAAGUAGUCAUGGGAACGCGGUACAUACGAAGUUUGGGCGUUUGUUUUCGUCGUGAUGGGUAACAGCGUUUAACUUGCUACAAAUUGCGACUGGUGACAGUCUGAUUGCAGCCGUUGAGAAAUGUUGUUACGUUGACAUUUUCGAAUUGAAUAUUUACAUGAGGUUAUAAUGGAUCGAAAGUACCCGAGGGUUGAAAUGGGUGUGGGAGCUUUUCAUCAUCCGCCGAAAGCAAAAUACAGUGAAGAAACAAAAAAUCUGAUCAAACUUUUAAUGGAAGAGUCUAAGGUGAGCAUGAUGCAAAGAAAAUUCAUUCAGGAUGCUGUCGACAAAGGCGAACCUUUGCCCCUUUCCACUGAAAGAUCGAACAAAAAAGCGGAUAAGCACAACGUUCAAUAUCAGGUUCUAAUGCCUACUAUUUGGAAAAAACGGACCCAAGAUAUGAUUGUUAAAAGUGGGGCAUACGAGAGAGAACAAUAUAGAAGAACAACUCCCCUGCCAAACAAAGAAAAGCAGAAGCGACACUUGGCGUGCAUGAUGGCGUACGGAAAAGAAAUACCGGAAACUCCCCGCGAUUCAUCGGUUCUACAAAGAAUAAAACAAGAAUCGCGUCGCCCUAAGAAUACUGAUGCAAUUGAUGUCUUGGUAGGAGGUAUACAGGAGAGAAUGGAAUUUUUGAGCGAAAUGGAAUGUCUCGGACUAGGGAAGAAAUAUCGGCCGAUUAUACAUCAAGAAAUCGCUCAUAAAUUGCGAUUAAUUGAAUCCAUAGACAAACAAAAAUCGAAGGAAAUUCGGAAAGAGAUCAGACUACUUGAGAAGCCAUUACCGAAACCACUCCCGUUGGGCGAAUUAGGUCCAGAUUAAUAUUUUUUCUCAAUAUUUUGUACGAGACAAACAUUAGAUAGAAUAAAGUGCAUACGUGGGGUGACAUUGAAUUUUGGUAGAGUUAUGAAAUAUUUUAAUAGAAAUAUUUUAAGAACCCUUGUUACAGUGUAAGUUCCAAUGAGAUCAGAGAACAAAGUUUUUGAAAAUAGAAGUUUUGGCUGGAAUAGAAUUUCUGAAUUAUAAAAAUGAAAAUGAAAAUAAAUUGUUUCCGAUGAUGGAAACAGAUAUUAUA